AUGCCGGCAAAGAUGAAAGAUCCGGGGAGCUUUAACAUUUCUUGUGUGAUCGGGAAUGAUAGGCAAACUAAGGCCUUGUGUGACUUAGGGGCAAGCAUAAAUCUCAUGCCUUUAAGCUUCUUCCGAAAGUUGAAAUUUGGUGUCUUGAAGCCAACUACAUUUACCCUUCAAAUGGCAGAUAAAUCCGUCAAAUACCCGAAUGGACUCCUUGAGAAUGUAUUAGUAAGGGUGAAUGAUUUUAUCUUCCCCGUGGAUUUUGUUGUUUUGGACAUGAAGGAGGAUCCAAAUGUCUCUCUCAUCCUUGGAAGACCAUUCUUAGAACUGGAAAAGCUCUAA